CUAACAAAUCGUGCACUCAAAGCUACAAAAAAAUCAAAUGAAGCUGUGCCUGGGAGGCGGUUAUUGAUGCGCUGAGACACGGCAAACAAUAAAUAGGUUGGGGCUCGUAUCAGUGGAUUUAGGUAUCGGUGUAACCUGGGAAACCAAGCAAGAACUGAGAGUAAAACAAGGUUUCACCAUGGCGACAGCAUCUGCCACUGUGGACUCGAAGGCAGAGCUGACGGCUUUGCUGGAACAGUGGGAGAGGGAGCAGCAAGGCAACACACAGGAGCUGAUUAACAUCCUCACCAAAAUCUCAGAGCUUGUUGAAAAGGAGACAGAGGUGUAUCACAAAGCGGACCCUGACCCUUUCGAUGAUCGACAUCCUGGGAGAGCUGAUCCAGAAUGCAUGUUGGGGCAUCUUCUGAAGAUCUUGUUCAAAAAUGAUGAAUUCAUGAACACAUUGGUGAACAGCUAUGUGAUGACCAGCAGAGAAUUCUCUCUGAAUGCAGCAGCUUGCCGCUUGCUGCAGAACAUCAUGCCUGGGCUGGAGACAGCUGUGGUCUUUCAAGAAAAGGAGGGCAUCGUUGAAAGGCUCUUUAAGUGGGCUCAGGAGGCUGAGCAGCCUCUAAGAAUCUAUGCCACAGGCUUGUUGGCAGGUGCCAUGGAGAACCAGGACAUUGCUGCCAACUACAGAGAAGAGAACUCUGUUUUGGUGCCUUUGAUGCUGCAUAGGCUGCGUGAACUUCAGGAUAAGGAUGCUGAGAGCAGACGGGAAAUCAAACGACCCAGCCCCAGGAAGAGUCUCAGCGAGCCUUUGCUAACUUUAGAUGAGGAGGCUGUUGAUGGAGGCUUUGAAGACAAGCCCUUCUCUCAGAGUAAAAAUUCAGAUGAAAAGGAAGCGGUGGGGCCACAAGAAGACGCAGAAGUUCCUUUCUCAAGUGUUGAGCCUGAAAACGAGCUUUCGUUCCGUUUCAGCUCCCCUCACAGGACUAGCAGCCGUGCCAACUCAGCUGUUAAAACCAUGAUGAAGCCCAUGUCUGCCCCGGGUUCACUGACACACCCAGGCAUGUCUGAUGGUAGCAGCUACCUGAGAAGGAGAAUGGAGAGAGACAGUGCCAGGACCUCAAAACAGAAGCUGAAUUUCUCUCUGCCCGAACCAGAAAGGAACUUCAGUGAGCUUUCCAACAGCAGCUGGUCGGAGAUGAGCCCCUGGGUUAUUGGCAACAACUAUCAUCUGGACCCUUUGACCCCAGAGAUUGAGCAGAGGCUCAUACUGCAGUAUCUCACACCUCUGGGGGAGUAUCAGGAGCUGCUGGCAGUGUUUAUGCAAAUGGGAGCCCGUGAGCUCCUCAUGCACUAUAUGGAUCUAAAGCAGACCAAUGAUGUCCAGCUGACCUUUGAGGCUCUUAAGUAUCUGGCUUCACUGCUAUUGCACAAGAAGUUUGCUGCGGAGUUUGUUGCUCAUGGAGGCGUUCAGAAGUUGCUGGAAAUCCCGAGGCCUUCGAUGGCUGCUACAGGAGUGUCACUGUGCCUCUAUUACCUCGCCUAUAACCAGGAUGCAAUGGAAAGGGUGUGCAUGUUGCCCCACUCCGUCUUGUCAGAUGUGGUUGGUUACACGCUGUGGCUGUUGGAGUGCUCACAUGCAUCAGGCUGCUGCCACGCAACCAUGUUCUUCUCCAUCUCCUUCUCGUUCCGGGCUGUCCUCGAGCUAUUUGACAAGCAGGAUGGACUCAGACGGCUCGUCAACCUGAUCAGCACACUGGAGAUCCUGAAUCCUGAGGACCAGGGAGCGCUGCUGAGCGAUGAUGAGAUUUUCUCCAGCAGGCAGAGAGCCAAGCACACCUGCAUGGCUCUGCGCAGGUACUUUGAGGCCCAUCUGGCAAUCAAGGUGGAGCAGGUGAAGCAAUCUCUGCAGCGCACAGAAGGUGGUGCCCCCAUUCACUCGCAGCCGUAUUACAAGGCGGUCAGCUACAGCCGUGAACAGGUGGUGGAAAUGAUGGAGUUUCUGAUAGAGUACGGUCCACUCAGACUAUACUGGGAACCAGCAGAGGUCUUUCACAAGCUGUCUUGUGUCCAACUUCUUCUUCAGCUUAUCUCUAUUGCUUGUGACUGGAGGACCUACUACGGCAGGAGUGAUACAGUACGAUACGCCCUAGACAUCCUGAGUAUCCUCACAGUUGUUCCAAAGACACAGCUUUUGUUGUCCGAACCUGUUGCAGUGUUCGACGAGGGAGGAUCCUCUGUUUCAACUGUUGGCAUGAGUAUAGUCCUGGCUGUGGCUGAGGGAGAGGUAUUUGUGAAUGAUGCAGAAAUCCAGAAGUCGGCUCUGCAGGUUGCUAUCAACUGCGUCUGUGCACCGGACAAACGCAUGUCCAGCAUUGGCAAGUUUAUAGCGGGCACCCCCCGUCGCCGCCUGCCGCAGCAGACGAAGGCCAAUGAGAGUGUGCUCACCAAGAUGUGGAAUGUUGUGCAAUCCAACAAUGGGAUCAAGGUGCUCCUGUCCCUGCUGACAGUGAAGAUGCCCAUUACAGAUGCGGAUCAGAUCCGAGCUCUUGCCUGCAAAGCUCUGGUGGGCCUGUCUCGCUCCAGCUCUGUCAGACAAAUCAUCAGCAAGCUGCCUUUGUUCAGCAGCGGACACAUCCAACAGCUCAUGAAGGAGCCUGUUCUCCAGGACAAACGCAGCGAACAUGUCAAGUUCUGUAAGUUUGCAGCAGAGUUGAUGGAAAGGAUCUCUGGGAAACCGUUGCUGAUUGGUACUGAUGUGUCUCUGGCAUGGCUGCAGAGAGCCAGCGUGGUUGCUCAGUCCAAGAUUGCCUUCCCCGAGAAGGAGCUGCUUCUUCUUAUACGAAACCAUCUUGUGGCCAAAGGACUGCACGACACAGCAAACACACUCACCAAAGAGGCAGAUCUGCCCAUGACAUGCCUAACACAUUCAUCUCAUUGUUCACAUUCAGCGUCCUCUUUCCCUGCUGUUGCACCUCCCCCACCUGCCUCCCCUGUUACUACGCUGCCCCGCACCCCACGGCUGGCCAACGUUGUAGGGUCACGACAUGGGAACCAUCCCUCUCACUCAUCCGCUCCACCAUCCAGCCAUCCACAACCACGCCCUGGCACAACACAGUCGGCCGGACCGGCUUCUAGUGCUGUACCAUCGACAUCUGCCCCACACUGUAACAAUGGCUCUCCAUUGAUCGGCCGCAUCGUUUUCUCUCGUGAUCGGCAGACACCGUGCGGGGCAGUAAACUGCAAAAAAACCAGAGUGCUUCGGCAAAAGUCUGAUCAUGGUGCCUUCAGCCAAAGUCCAGCCAUGAAGAAGCAGUUUGACAAACACUUACCUUCUCCUCCUGCCUUGGACAGUAUUAUCACAGAGUACCUGAGGGAGCAGCACGCACGCUGUAAAAAUCCUGUUGCAACCUGCCCACCUUUCUCUCUUUUCACCCCCCACCAAUGCCCUGAGCCCAAACAGAGACGGCAGGCGCCCAUCAAUUUCACAUCGCGGCAUUCACGUCGAGUUAUAUAUCCAAAAUAUGGAGGAGUGGAUGGAGGCUGCUUUGACAGACAUCUUAUAUUCAGCAGGUUCCGUCCCAUCUCUGUGUUCAGAGAGGCGGAUGAGGAUGAGAGCGGAUUCAUGUGUUGUGCCUUCUCAGCUCGCGAACGGUUCCUGAUGCUCGGAACCUGUACGGGCCAGCUCAAGCUCUACAAUGUGUUUACAGGCCAGGAGGAAGCCAGCUACAGCUGUCACAGCUCGGCAAUAACUAACUUGGAGCCAUCACGGGAUGGUUCUCUGCUAUUAACCUCGGCCUCUUGGAGUUACCCUCUUUCUGCACUGUGGGGCAUGAAAUCGGUAUUCAUCAUGAAGCAUUCCUUCCUGGGUGACCAUUAUGUGGAGUUCAGCAAGCUUUCACAAGACCGUGUCAUAGGGACAAAAGAACACGUGGCACGUAUUUAUGACAUACAGACAGGUCAGGUUACUUUGACACUCAACAACCCAGACCUGGCUAACAACUACAAGCGGAACUGCGCCACUUUCAACCCAACAGACGACCUGGUUCUGAACGAUGGUGUGCUGUGGGAUGUACGCACAGCUCAGGCCAUCCACAAGUUUGACAAGUUCAACAUGAACAUCAGCGGGGUGUUUCAUCCCAAUGGCCAGGAAGUCAUCAUCAACACAGAAAUAUGGGAUCUGCGGACCUUCCACCUACUCCACACGGUUCCUGCUCUGGAUCAGUGCCGAAUAGUUUUCAACAAUAGCGGCACUGUCAUUUAUGGAGCAAUGUUGCAAGCCGAUGAUGAAGAUGACAUGAUAGAAAUGCAAAUGAAAAGUCCAUUUGGCUCAUCAUUUAGGACCUUCAAUGCUACAGAUUACAAACCAAUUGCUACAAUUGAUGUCAAGAAGAAUAUAUUUGACCUUUGCACAGAUACAAAAGACUGCUACCUAGCUGUGAUUGAGAAUCAAGACUCUGUGAACACGGACACUGUAUGUCGACUUUAUGAAGUUGGCCGGCAGCGACUAGCAGAGGAAGAGGAGGAGGAUGAGGAAGAUCAGGAGGAUGACGAUCAGGAGGAAGAUGACGACGAUGACGACGACUCUGAUGAUGACGUCGACACGGAUCCUCUCAUCGCCGAGCUGGAAAACGACAACGGAGGUGAAGAUGAAGAUGAUGAAGAUGACGGUAAUGAUGAGUUCUCUCCUUCGGAUGAAGAGGUUGCACAGCUUCUUGAAGAUGAUGGUGAUGGCGGAGAUGAUGACGACGAUGACGAUAAUGAUGAUGACGACGAUGAAGACUCUGAUAAUGAUGUUGACCUGGAUGGUGACAACGACAGCUCGGACAACUCUGACCUUGAGGAUGACAUCAUCUUAUCCCUGAACGAGUGAGGAUGGAGGCCAUCAGCAUCUUAAGACCAGGGAUCCAGAGAAGGUGUCAAGAUUUUUAUCCUCACAGACAUUUGAUCUGCUACAGAUUAGUCACAAAAAGAGAGAACCAGCAGGUAAUCUACUUGGAGCACUGCCAGUUUGAAACUGUAGGUGUUUGAACACAUAACGAGAGUGAGGAAGAACAAAAAUGAUUGUAUAGGGUAUAAUUUUAUAAAACAAAAGCUGCAGGAUGAGUGAUCUUGGUGUGAGGAUGUGAUGAAAGAAAAACAAAAGGUCUCACUUUUAUGGCCUUUGGAUGAGCCUCUUCAUUUCAUACAGAUUCCCCCACUUUGUAAUCAACAGUUUGGUCAGAAAUUAGUUUGUUGAAGAAAUGGUUGAGAUUUAAAGGACUAAGGGGACUAUAUUUGAGAGACUGAAGAUAUGAAGUUACUGGUCGCUUGUGUUUGUCCAGACUAACUGAAAUAUUUACCAAAAAGUCCUGAAGUUCUCUUCACUAAGCUUCAGCAGCCUGCCUUCAAGUAUUACUUUCUGCAAUUAUUCCCAACACACACAGCAGUGCCAUUUAACAUGAACUGUAGGUGGUGAGAACACUGUGUAACAUUGUAAUAGAUCCAUUGACCCACGUGCCCACUGUCAAACCAAUUUUCUGUCAUUCCUGGGUUUGUGUCUUUCCCAAACAGUAUUUAGCACAGUGACUGGUUUCUUAAAAGUUCUCUUCAUUUUCUGGUUCAUUCAAAAUAAUAUGUCACAGAAUGUAGCAAAAAAACAAAACAAAAGAAAUGAAUGUUACUUUUCCUUUGACGGUAAAAUUUAGAACUGUCAUUUUGUAUAUAUAAAAAAAGAAAAAAACUGGCACUUGCACACUUUUUGUGCAGACCAGAUGUCAUGAUUUUUUUCCUCAUGUUUUUGCCUUGUAUGUAUGGUUUUUAAUUUGAUUAUUUACCAUUAGUUGACUUUUUGACAUUCUUGAAAGUUCUUGUACAGGUUGUAUGUAUCUAAAGUAUUUUUACUAUAAAUAAAGUUGCAGAAUUUC